AUGGAUCAGACACGAGACGUCGAAAGUCGAGAUCCAUAUCGACCAAAUUGGUCCGUCACGACGUCUCACAAGAGCGAAAAGGACGUGGACGACGGCAGUUUGCUGUCUCCACUCGUUGACGAUCGAUACAGAGAUGAGCGUUGCAGCGCGUCAAUGGAAAGAGAUGAGGCAGAUGUGGAGGCGCAAGUGCGGGAGGCUUUGCGUCUGUUGGAGGACGAUGGAGACGGAGGGAGCGAGGAAGAGCAGGAACACGAGCAGUGGACAACAAGAGCAUCGGCUGAGACGUACUGGGAAGGCGUAAACGAAGUGAUGGAAGACAAAUGGGUGACGGAUGAUCAAGAAGAGCAGGUGAUGGCUCAUUGGGGGUCAAUGGAUAGAUCAGUGGGCUCGAAAGAAGAAGAAGAUGAGGUCGAGGAGGAAGAGGAGAGAAAUGAGAGACACGACGACGAUGAUAAUGUUGUGCAGAUUGAUGCAGAGACGAGAAUUGAAGAGGAGAAGGGAAGGCAAUCAGCUCAAAACGAUGAGUGGCAAGAAGCUUACACGGCAAAAGGCCGUGUAUACUACUACAAUCGAUGCACACGCGAGUCAUUCUGGAAAAAACCGAGUCAGUUCGAUGCGAGCACGAGCCAGCCUCAAAUGGCCGCUGCAGAGGCUGAAGAGACGACAGAGCGGCAUCCCGUCGUGCUCGGACAGCACUCUGAAGAUCAUGCGCUUACAGCUGUAUCAGCAGUCCCGAGUAUGGAGCACCAGGUGACGUUGUUCUGCUGUUUUUGUGGUGAGCAGCAAGUGUCGGAUCAAUAUGCGGCGCAUUUUCAGGAGUGUGCGACAGCCAACUUUCAUAAGCGACGCUUGUCUCCGCUGUACGCAAGUUUUGAACGUGCCCUGGUGUUGAUGUCGGAAGAUACCACACUGCGUUCGAUGCAUUACGCGGCAUCAUUUCCAGACCCUACGCCUUACGAGCAACCUCAGGCCACUUCAAUGCGAGAUAGUUUGCUCUUGCUACACUCGAGACGUCGCCGUUCUAUCACACAACAGCACAGUACCGAGGGCAGCACGUUACAGAGACGAUCGAGCACUCGAGAAAGUAUGCUUGGAACAGCAAGUGAUGGGUUGAAGGAUCCACUUGAUGACCAGCGCGUUCAUCGGGAGCCUAAAGCAUCUUUGGCCGUACAGCCUGCAUCCGUUUGGCAGUCUAAACAGAAGAUGAAGCGUGAAGUCAGAAAGCAAAACAGCCAACCUACAAGCAGCGUUUUUGGCGGAGUACCAGUAACACAGCAAAAGGAAACGUGCCGGUACUGCAACCGAAGCUUUGCCGAAGGUCGACUUGCCAAGCACGAGGCUGUCUGCCCACGAGUGUUUGGCAACGAAGGCUCGUGGGGACGUGGAACUUCAUCAAACCAAGUUUCUCCUCCGAGCCGAAGGAGUGCAAGUGUCGAAAUUUUAUCGAAACCUGCAGGAUUGAUGGCAUCGAGUUCGCACAAACAGAAAGACCACACGCUGCAACACAGCUAUAUCGAGCAUAAAGCCACGCUUGUGCUUUGUCCAUGUUGCCGUCGAAAGUUUGCGCCCUCGGGUGCGCAGCAACACAUCGCGAUCUGCAAAGGAGUCCAGAACCGCCCCAAGAACUCGAUUCCGCUUCGUCACGACUACACGAUUGCGGGCUAG